UUUUACCCCCCCCCCCUCGUUCCUGCCUUACUUCCCCCUUCUCUUUGCUGUUUGUAUUUCUGUAUCUUGCUCUCUGGGGUGUCUUUGCCUGUUUUUGUAAACAUCAUUGAAGAGUUUUUUUUAACCUCUCUGCUCUAAAGAGAGCUUACCAGAAUCAUCCUCGGUAUCAUCUCUGUUUGCCACCUUAAAUUAAUUUCUUUUCCUCUGCGUCCAUUUUAAUUGAACCAGUUUUUUUUUUAAAAGCACAUAAUUAGCAUUUAAAUCUCUUUCCUACAGUCUCUUGCACUCCCUACGUCGCUCUCUCUCCCCUCUCUCACUCUAGCAGACUCUACAUGUCUCAGUCGCUAAGGCAACCGAUGCUUUUUUUUUUUUUCUCGCUUGCUCUCUGUAUCUCCCCCGUUUCUCUCUGUCUCCCUCUCUCAUUCCCUCUCUUCACUGCCAGAGAGAGAGAUGAUCGGAGGAGCGGCGUCCCAGUGAACAGAGCGAAGCGAUGGAGAGAUGCUCCAUCUCUCCUGUCACACAACUGACUGCCCUUCGCUGCCUCACCUCCAUCCUCCUGGUUGCUCUGGUGACACAGCCCUCCACCUGUAACCGUGACAAUAGUGAGGACGAGGAGCAGGCAGACGCCCUGUCCGUCACAGCCCAGGUCACACCCACCCCUCUGUGGGCGGUGGUCUGGGGUCCAACGCAGCCUCUAGAGGAUGAGACCUAUCACUUCCUUUCAAGCCAGGAAACUGACCCCUUGCACCGGCAUGGGCAUCAGCAGGGGGCCAGCACUACCAAGUCAAACUGGCCCUCGAGCCUGCAGCCCCGAGAGGAUGCACCGCUGGAGUCUGAGGACCAUGGGGGAGUGGAGGACAGAGAGACGGGGGCGGAGGAGACGGAGCUUGAGGAAGUGGACCCUCAGUUCUACGUCACCGUGACCAUCUCCUCGCUGCUCAUCCUGACGGCCGUCAUCAUCACAGCUAAACUCUGUUACGACCGCAGCUGUUCCCAGCAUCCACCCCCUCUUUCCCGUGGCGUGGCCCCCCCACUCUCCCUCGCGCUUCCCCGUUCCCUUGCUUCGGAGGACAGCCGGCAGACGUUGCACAGCACCUCCUCCUCCUUCACCGACAGGGAGAGGAUCCCAGUUGUGAUCCUCUGAGCUGAGACGUUUUUUUUCUCCAUAUGGUAAACAUUUCUCCCGGGCCUGAAGAGGAACAUCAGCACAACCAGAGGGUUUGCCCGCAGCAACGUUUAUCUUCUCUGAAACUGUGAAAGGAAUCCAGGGGUCCCAGGUAUCCCGCCAUCACAAAACUUCGAGGCUUCCUUGAGGUCUAAAACAACCCGAACACGUCCACCUGCUGCUCCUUCCUUCCGUCCUCUGUGCUUGGUAUACGUUUCUUUCAUGUGGCUCAUGCGUCACUGUUACCUGCUCCCUGUUUUCUUUCCCCUGUAUGGCCCCGAGCUCCUCCAAGCCGAGCGCUCCGUUCUUCAGACCCGCCAUGACUAACACUCAACAAGCAGUUCAACGGACCGCCGAACAUCCAAUUGCAUCUGCAAAUUCAACACUGGUAGCUCCACAAGUGUUUUUCCGGUGAUUCUGCUGCCCGUGUGACGCCGCUCAGUGUUUCCUCCAAUCCAGUGGACUGUCUUUCAUGACAUGACGCUCAAGUUCAGUUCAGUUCCCGCAGGCUUGUAUCUGGUUCGCAAGCGGUUAAAGAGGCGUCCUCAGCAUCGCCAAACACUGAACGGGGUAUUUCACAAAGCUGUUUGGCACGGAUGUAGCCAACGGGCAAUGUGUUUAACAUGUCACGCUCCAAAAACUGCUGUUUAUUCCCCGCUUUUGGGCGCCCGGAAUGCAAAUAGUGCGGCUUUUUCCCUGUGCAUCGUGUAGGGGAGUCUGUUUUGUUUUGUUAUUUCCUCAUGAUUUGUUUUCUUAAUUAUCUGGCUGACGUUCACCUCUUUGUCGAGUCUUUGUGAGCACCCUCUGUUCCUGCCGGACUGUGUUAGAGGUGUGUUAAGCAUAUAGUACUUCCAGUGGCGGGGAUAAAAUAUUCACAGCGGCAAUGGAUAGAGGCAUUAGUGUUGAAAAUCGAUGACUCCCAAAAGGUUUUGGAUGGUGCACAACAAAGACGGAUUUAUGUUGUCAUGGAAAUGAGCAUCUGUGAACUGUACGCGUGAUCAAAAGACUGGUUUUACCAAGAUGAUUUUUUUUUUCUUCUCCCAACUGACAGCCAACCAUAUGGAUCUGAAAAAAAAACAAAAAAAUGCCAUCAUCUUUCCAGUCACUGUAUAUAAACUGUCAUGGGUGCACCAAGCAGUAAAUCAUGGAGCAUCAUUUCUGUCAAUGAAUCUGUAUGUACACUGUAUGAAAAACCUGGGAGAGUAGCUUCAAAUCUAUUAUUCAUACAUGUCUAUUUCACCUAUCAAUAAGUGAUGUCUUAUCAAACCUUUUCGACUCAAUCGUCAGUUUGUGUUUGCCAACUUUUCUAAGCAGCUUUGAGACAUUAACCCCCCCCCCCCCCCCCC